AUGGAAGGACACGCCCAGCUCAAGACUGGUCUCCAAACCCAAGACCGACAUCUCUUCCUGUUCAAUGAUGUUUUCGUAAUUGCAAAAUCAAAGUAAGAAAAGAGAGGAUUCGUGCUUUGAGGCACUAUCAGGGUUGCUUCAGAAAAUGUAUGAGAACACAGGAAGUUAACAAAGCUCAAGUGAUUCCUAUUUCCUAUGAAAUAAAAGUAGUUAGUAACACACUUCACCAUUCAAAUGUGCAAGGUCCAAUGCCAAAGUAACCAAUUGCAUUUGAGUCAGUACCACAAUUGGCUUCUAGCUAAGGAGAAGAGAAGUAAACCAAUGUUCUUGCUUCAGAUUGCUAUCAUUUUAAACCCACUGGAAAAUGCAAAUAUGUUGUGAUCAACAAUAAAUCUGUAAAUGGUUGAACAAACUUAUCAUCUGGGUUGGACUUGAUGUUGAGCAUUCCCAAGGCAAAUCCACCUCACUACUGCCAACUCUGGUAUGUUUAUCCUGCCAAUGGAACAGGAAAUAGUCCAGGGAGGUGAUGAUGCUUGGGAGAUUUUCUACAAGGUCUGCAUCCCAUUUCAAGCUGAAAAAACAGGUCAAAGUUUGUGAAGUCUGGAUGGCAUCCUGCAUGGAUGAAGUGUGUGAAGGGACCACAAAUCCUGAACUUUCCUUUGUGAUGGGUUGGCCCACAACUAAUUGCGUGGCUACUUUCAGCUCACCAGAACAGAAAGAGAAAUGGCUAUCUUGUCUCUACAGUUGCAUUAAAGAAGAGAAAGAAAAAGAACAUCCUAAAAGUAUUCCUUUGAAGAUCGUUACCAGAAAUGUUGGGAGCUGUAUAUAUUCAAAGGUCUUGACUGUGAACAAUACAGAUACAGCAUAUGAUGUUGUUGCCAUGACACUUCAUCAGUUUGGCAUUACAGGCAAUCCUAAAGAUUAUCAACUUUGGGUCAUCUCUGGCAAAGAAGAUGCCCCUUAUCCUCUUAUUGGGCAUGAAUAUCCUUUCAGCAUUAAAAUGAGUCACAUUCAAAAUGCAGCUGCACAGACACAAUCAUCCAAAGACUCACUCUACCCUCUAGAUUUCCAGGGGCCCUUCAUCAUUGAGCAGUUGCCUGUGGAGAUGCAGUGUCAGUUCAUCUUAAAGCCAAGUCGCUUGGCAUCAUGCCAGCAGAUGGCCGAAACAAGUCAAAAGCAAUGCAAAAGAAAAAGGUCAAUCAUGAACUGGACCUUUUGGCGUGGUUUGGGGACUCAGUUGGAUAACAUGCCUCUAUCCCCAACCUCCAUUACACCAGGCAGACUCUUUGGCCUACCACUGUCAGCCAUUUGUGAAGAUGAUCACUUCCCAAAGCCAAUCAUGGACAUGCUUUCCUUUCUGUUUCGUGAAGGCCCAUUCACCAGAGGCAUUUUCAGACGUUCUGCGAAUGCUAAAGCCUGCAAAGAGCUGAAAGAGAAGCUGAAUACUGGAGCUGAAGUGUACUUAGCCCGUGAAUCUGUGUUUGUGACAGCUGCUGUGUUCAAAGACUUCCUUCGGAAUAUUCCUGGAAGCAUCUUUACUUCAGACCUCUAUGAUGAUUGGCUGGCAGCAAUAGAAAAGAGAAGUCAUGAGGAGAAGAUAAAGGAAAUUCAAAGAUUGUUGGAGCAACUUCCAAAACUCAAUUCCCUCCUCCUACGUCAUGUGUUUAGAGUGCUUCACAACAUUGAGCAGCAGGCUGAGGAAAACCAGAUGAAUGCAUUUAACUUGGCAGUCUGCAUAGCACCCAGCAUCUUGUGGCCUCCCACACCCUGCAGUCCUGAAAUAGAGAGUGAGUCAACAAAAAAGGUUGCACUGUUUGUGCAGUUUCUAAUUGAAAACUGCUGCAGGAUCUUUGGAGAUGGUUUCAUGACCUCUUUUGGAGUGUUAUCAUCAAGGAAAUGUGCAAACAGAGACGAUGGAUCAGAUCUCUCCUCAUUUCAACUGCAUGACUCUUCGUAUGACAGUCUGGAAAAUGAGCUCAAUCAUGACUCUGAUUCCCCAUUAUCUAACCUAAUGUCAAAGAGAAACCAAGACAAUCAAAGCAGGGACUCUGUUCUGACCUGGAGUGACUGUGAUCUUGACCAACCUGAGGAUGAAGGAAGUCAUUUAUAUGUUCCAGCCUCCCAAAGUAGAAGUGUGAGCUGUCCAUUUUCUGAAAAUGACCUCCUGGACUCCAACAUUUAUGGCUUUGCUACUGACAGAAGGCUUUCAGGUUCCAGAAGACACAGACGGUGUUCAGAGCCCAAUAUAUUUCCUCCUGCCUCACAAUUUGCUCAACGUUGUCAGAAUCAUGAGACUGUGAUUCGUAAAGCUAGCUAUGAUGCUGUCAUGACUCAGUCAGAUGAGAACUACCUUAUGCAAUUGCAGAUGCUACAGAUUGAGGGCCAGAAACUCAUAAACUACAGUUUGCAUAAGGAUAUUGACCAGGAAACAUCUAGCAAUGGAACCCAUAAAGUUGUUCAGAAGGUGUCGCACAGCAGUAGCCAACUUCAGCCACCUCCACCACUCAAACUUAAUGUUACCUCAAAGAUUAGCAGCUCCAGUUUGUCCUCUCCUGGCACUUCACCAUCAGGCUCCUCGAUGAGUUCAAUUGAUGGUAUUUUCACACAUAAUGCAGAACCUUAUGUGUUAGAUGAAAGCUUCUCAACAUCCACUUCUGCCGUGCAAGGUCAUAAAGGCCAUCCAGCUGUCGUAGCUAGCCCCAGUAUAUUGAAACACUGUUAUGGUGUCUUGUCUCCUAUACAGGAUGCUGGUAAAGCUGUCACUUCCUCCUCCGCCGCACCAGAAAAACACAAGGGAAGCUGCAACUUGACUGAGGAAACCUCUAAGUGCAUCAUUGAGAAAGGCCCAGUCACGCUGCACCCCAACAGCUGGCUGAAGAAAGGUGGAUGCUGGACACUAAGAAGAAAGGAGAAGGGAUAUAAGCUUAAAAGCAAGCAUGGUCCAUUCUUUGUAGAUAAAGAACUCACCAAUGGCAAGUUAACUGUUUCUCCAGUGGCUGCAGAACACGUGCAAAAGUUGAACAGAAGCCAAUUGGUCAAUUCACUGUCCUAUCAGAAACCAAUCCAAUCACCACUGCAAAGUACAGAUGCCAAAAAAAAAGGAGUGAUGGUUAAGUCUUCAAAGCUUUUACUCAAACAUGGACAUUCUGAUUCACAAGAACUCAUCGAUAGCUCUGUUGCUUGCAGAUCACAUCUGUUGAGUACAGCAAAUCAAGCUCUUCCAGAACUUGACCAAAUACCACAGACUAUCUUUUACGGGCAAAAUUCAAAAUUAUGUCUUCAGUCGAAGCCACAUCAACAAUCGCGCUCAUUUACACUGGGAGAGAAAUGUUCCCAAAGAGUAGUUAAUUCACAUUUGUCUGAAUUGGUAACUUCUGCUCACACAGACACUCAGAGUCCUGGGACCAUCAGUGAGAGUGUGACUAAUACAGAUCUUUCUGAGAUAAAGGGUGGGAUCCUCCAGGAGAAGAAACCAUUUCCAUCGACAAGUGGACCAUGUGCAACUGAGCAACAAUUUCACAACACAAGUUCCAGUGCUCUUUCCCAUAGUGCAGCUAAAGCAGUUAAGGAUUAUUUUUUUCAGAUUGAUGCUGAGAACUAUUUCAUGAAAACACAAGAAGUGACUGAUGCUGUGCUCCAGAGCAAGAAGAAAUGCCAAAAUAAGUGCUGCAGUGACCCAAAAUUUGAAGACUUUGAACAAGUGUUUUUUUCAGAGGAAUCUUAUGUGUAAAGACUUGUUUACAUAUGGUGUUAUUAUUUCUUCAAAAAGCUAUUUGAAAAUCUGUUAACUCUGGUCCAAUUCAAACUGCCACGUAACAUUAUUACAACAUAGCUCUUAAUAUGUAGCCCACACAGCUGCAAGUACAUUUUUGACAAUGUCAAAUUUGAUCUUUUAUGUGUACGCUUUGGUAUUUGCAGGUCUGUAUGAUGAAAUCUUGUCCUCAGCAAGACAAAAAUGUAUAUAUUUGUAAUUUUAAAAAGUAAGUUGCUUAAAAGUAAUUAUUGUAUUUUAAAACCAAUGGCUGCUAAGUAGGAUAUGCAAAGCCCUACUCUGACACUCUUUGCCUGUCAUGAAAUUGAUAUUCAAGUUGGAAUAAGUGAAAAUUUUCUCUCCUUCCCACACUCUGAAACAACAUCCAUCAUCUAGGCUAUAGAAGAAUGUAUAAAUUGAAAGGUAACAAUGUUGUGUGGCAGCUUUUUAACCUCUUGAGACAAUGGUUUGUGCCAUUAUGGUCAACUCUGUUAGCCAUUGCCUGGUGUGGUAUAGGCCUCUGCUCUGUCCUGAUAGUCUCUAUCACAUUUGCUACAGAGAAAGAGCGUGAUUGAAAAGAUACAAGAUUCACUGACCUGUGGCCUCUGCUUUUCUUUGGACCCUGUUCCUGACAAGCUGAGCUUUUUGUAAUU